AUGCCUAUCCCCGGCACUCUCGACGGCACAAUCGUCGCCGCCGCUGCUUCGGAGAUGGUCCUUAGCUCGAACCCAGACAUAUUCCUCCAGCCUAUCACUCCACGGCUAAGCUUGACCAGGAACGACCAACUUCCUGGUGUUGUUCUGCAGGCAAGAGCAAGGCUUCAAGAGAGACUUAGAGGCAUCUCUCCGUCUGGAAAUAGUCAAACCGGCUUGACAUUAGACAUCACAAGGAAUGAGGUUGCUAUGAAUGAUGAAAUGAGGCUCGUCAAUCAUGGAGAACCAGAUGCAGAGAGUCUGUGUGGCUAUGUGCAAUAUGCUAAUAGGCCUCCUGGACUCAGCUCAAAGGCUUUCAGUAAUCUACAGAUGGAAGUUUAUGUUGAGAGAGCUUUUCUCGAUUGCUCCAUCUGUCUGGAGAGAUUUGUGGAGGGCGAAGAAUUGAUUCAGCUGUCUUGCAGGCACAGGUUCCAUCCUGAUUGCUUGGAGCCAUGGGCGAAGAUAUGUGGGGAGUGCCCGUAUUGCAGGACGACCAUAUAAAGGCUGUUGCGGAGGUUAUUUGGAGCUAUGUCAUACACGAAUCCUUUCUCCAGUCGAGGUAAUCGAUUCUUUGCCUUAUCCUGAAGUGGGCAAAAGGAAUUUAUCCUGUUUCGCAGUGAUAAUAUGGCGGUAAAUUUGUACUCACUCCGCUCUCCUUUUGUAGAUUUGGAUAUAUUAUUUUAGCGUUAGUCUCUA